CAGAGCUCUGAGUAGCUCGCAAUCAGUGAGCCGCUUUCAUACAGUGUGAGACGGAGACUGGCUUUCAUUCGCAUUGCAGCCUUUUCCACGAUGCCGUUCUUGGAUUUGAAUACUCCAUUCCCCGUAAUCCAUGCUAAGGAUUUUUACCUGACUUAAGGGACACUUCAUGACAUCAUAAGAAAUUUGGAUACUGACCUAAACUGGUACUCUAGAGCCCCUUAGUGGACUAAAGGGUGGAUUGCACGGGUGGUAAACAAUCCAGCCAGAGACCAGGACCAUGGCGGACUCGGUGUACUCGGACCUCAUAGCAAAGCACUACAACUUCACUGGGAAAUUCCGUAAAUUGGAAAAGGAUCCCGGACUCAAGGCUGAUUCUGUCGUGUUUAUCAUUGUGUGCUGCUUCAUAAUUCUAGAGAAUGUGCUGGUUCUUCUCACCAUUUGGCGGACCAAAAAGUUCCACAAGCCCAUGUACUACUUUAUUGGGAACUUGGCUCUUUCGGAUUUGCUGGCUGGAGUGGUAUACACGGCUAACAUCCUGCUCUCAGGAGCUAAUACGUAUAAACUGAGUCCCACGCAGUGGUUUUUCAGGGAGGGCAGCAUGUUUGUAGCGCUGGCUGCUUCAGUCUUCAGCCUCUUGGCCAUUGCAAUCGAGCGCCACCUUACUAUGCUCAAAAUGAAGCUCCACAACAGUGGAAACACGUGCCGGGUCUUCAUGCUGAUCAGCACUGUGUGGUUCAUCGCCGCCAUUCUGGGUGGCUUGCCCGUCAUAGGCUGGAACUGCAUCCACAGCAUGAAGAACUGCUCAACAGUGCUGCCACUCUACCACAAGACCUACAUCCUGUUCUGCACCACCGUGUUUAGCGUGAUCCUCAUGGCCAUCGUGGUGCUCUACGCCCGGAUCUACGCACUGGUCCGCACACGUAGCCGCAAACUUGUCUUCCGCAAGGUUUCAAACGGCCGCGGGAGUGGGAACAAGAGCUCAGAAAAGUCCAUGGCCCUGCUGAAGACGGUCAUCAUUGUCCUGAGCUGCUUCAUCGCCUGCUGGGCACCACUCUUUAUCUUGUUACUGCUGGAUGUAGCCUGCGAGAUCCGCACCUGUCCCAUCCUCUACAAAGCUGAGUGGUUCCUCGCUCUGGCAGUGCUGAACUCGGCAAUGAACCCUCUCAUCUACACGCUCACCAGCAACGAGAUGCGCAGGGCCUUCCUCAAGAUGCUGCUGUGCAGCGUGUGCACUCAGCCUGCUGGCAAGUUCUCCAGACCCAUCAUUGGGGCGGAGUUCAGCCGGAGCAAAUCGGACAAUUCAUCGCAUCCCAACAAGGAAGAGCCUGAGUACUCACCCAGGGAAACAGUUGUGUCCUCAGGAAACAUCGCAUCAUCAUCAUAAAUGGGACUGUGGACAUUUUCCUGCUUUUUCUUAUUUAGUGAAUGUAUGCGUAUGUGUGGAGAUCCCACUGGACACCUAAGUCAGAAAGUUUGUCCAGUCCACACCGCUCUUGUUCCGUAAGUGAAAAUAGAGCUUAAUUUUUAUCUAACUAACACUCAACUGUACAGCAGUGUUAACAGAUGGAGACAGACAGUCAAAGUCAGGCCAGGACACACUGGGACAGUGAAAGAACAACAUGUUUGGGGUCUUUUUUGUUCCUUAGCUGGUUCCUCAGCCACAUGCUGCACAAUCAUAAGACUGUGCUGUAGAUUUUUAAUUUAAUUACGGUUCAUACCAUGUACAAAGGUUGAGUGUCCAUGAGUGGAUGUGUCUGAUUCAUGUGGCUAGUGGAGCUGGUGUGGAUUGAAAUGGGAAAAUAAUGGAAUCAAAUUCCAUUCAGAUUACUAAAAAAAAAAGUCUAGAAAAGCUUUUAUGUGUUAAUUGUCCUGGUUUAUAGUGUACAGAGUGUUUGGAUGGUUAUAUUAACAUUACAAUCUUCCCAUCCUGAAGAAACCCACUCUGGAUUCCACUCUGGAUCCCACAUGACAACAUUACUACAGUUUCUAAACCAACAUUUCUUAACAGGUAUGAUGUGCUCGAUUGGGAGAAACAGACUGAAACAAGAAAAAACACUUUUUUUUUUACUCUGAACUGCAAAAAUAUUAAACAAGUGCAAGAAACUUGAUGCAAGACUCAUCGCUGAAACAUCUUCCUCCAAUUGCAAAAUGCACUUAACAACCUGAGCUCUGAUUAAUCAGUAUUACCCACUGUUUUUAUUUAUCACAUGGAAACGUUCUAAUUUGAGGAACGUGUAGGAUAGCACUUGUUGUAAAAGUGCUCUUUGAGAGCCAUCUUAAGCCUUUUACUGACUCAUUAUAAUGUAUUAGCAUAAUCGGUUCAUUUUGUACCAUUUCGUGCCCUUACAGGGAAAAAAGUGUGCUUUUUUUUACACAUUAUUUUUGCACGUCACAUAUUCACAUGAACUUAUAUAAACAUAUAAAGAAAAAUAACAUGCAGUGGGAAAAUUCACACAUCAAAUCACAAGUUAAAGUUAAACAGAACUUUAUUUCCUGUAAGGGCAAAAAUCUAAAUAAAUGAAAUACAGUUGU